AUUGUAUCGUAGGAGGGAGUAGUGUUCGAAUCGUUCCGUUCGUGUCCUCUGAAACCGCUGGGGCCAACCAAUGCCGCUGGUUCGUUGGUUCCCUCCGCUUCUGCCUCAGUUUCCAGUCGUCGAAGCCGAAGCCCUCCGACUCUCGAAUGCCGCGCUGUCGCCGCUGUCCGCGGUUCCUCCUGCCUUCUAUGCGUUUAGUGUGACGCCGACAAUCGAAUCGCUUGCACCUGUCGCGCGGUAAAAUCGCGCGUAGAAUUUCGUACGGAUACCGAAUCGUCGGGUUUUCUAUUGCGGCACUCGUUUCCCUCGUCUCAUUUUUUUUACUCUCUUAUUAUACCCUUUUUUCCCUUCUUCAUUAUCGCCUCAUGAUAUUUUCCUUUUUCUCGCAAUCUACGACGAAGGAUGUUUGACGAACCGUUCGGAUUUGAGUGGUGGUAGAUUUUUACGAUUUCGAAUACAAGAAAAAAUAGAAACGAUCUGACGAGGAUUUUUGAAAUUGGUUUCAUAGAAUUCCAAGUGCUACGCAGGUAUAUCGGAGCGGCAAGUUCAAUCCCAGUGAGAGAGGAUACUUCCAAGUGUUUUUGUGAAAAAGUUUUGGCUUCACGAAACUCCGUCAGAGAAUAUCGUCCCGUUUGAAUACACCUGAGUUCGAAGAGUGCAGCAUGCGCGCAACGCACAGUCUCGGAUAUUAAUAUAAUUUCACUGGUGAGUCUCGAUCAUAAUCCGUGAUGCCACCUCCUCCUAAUCGCCGGUGCUCGAGGCACUGAGAUGGCCUCGAUGCUGGGGGAUGGUUCAGCUCACGGUGGUCCUGGACCAGCUAGAUGUUUGCUGCUUCUUCAAAGAAGUUUAGCCAUCCAAUUGUCCAGAGGACCACCGCCUUCCGUACUCAAUGCGGCUCACCGAGACAGCCAUCGAGAUGUUCACAAAGAUCAUCCGGCCGACGAGAUGUGGAUGUACGAUAAAGGGUACAAUCUGUUCCAGAGUUUUUUGGAAGCGAAUUCCAAGUGCUGGUGGAACGCCGCUCUCGUCGACGCCGCUCGUCAGCUUCGUUACAAAGGUCACGUGUCUCCGGGGGUGCUCGUUGUGGGAGGGCCACCCUGCGCCUUGGAGGUCCUUCGAGCAGCUUGGGCCCGUAAUGUGCUUCGGCCGCCCGCUGAUCACGCCAUAACUUGCCUCGGUGACAUCGAAGACUGUCUCGUCGCUCCUGUUUCCCAAGGUCAGUUCACGCCCCUACCCGAAGCACUGUGCUGGGCGAUCCUCGAGUUGACCUCGCAACGUCAGGCGGCCACUUUGGACACUUUGAGGGCUGCCCUGAGGAACGCGUUUCCGGCAAUGCAGAGGCCCGGUCGUGAUCUGGUGUACGACGCAUUAGCGAAAUUGAUGCAGGAGAGAAAAAUUUAUCAUACGUCCCAAGGUUACUUCGUAGUGACCCCCGAGACAAGACGUUUGAGAAGGGACUCCGGGAGUUCCAGGAGGAAUUCCAGGGAGGUCUCCAGUUCUAGGGGACAAGGUGGUAUGCUGAUGAGCAACGACGAAGCGAUGGCUUUGGUUCACGGUGAAAUGUUGACCUUGAGAGACGGUGACGUCACCCACCAGGCUGUCCAGACAAAUUUGGCAGACGUAAUCUGCGGAGGAAACCCUAACGACAAGGUUCUCUUUGCCAGAUGUCGAUCGGUGCCUGGAAGAUUGGAGAGAAGGCAUUCCCUGCGCCUUUGGGGUUCGGCUAGACGCCUUCACAGGAGUGGAAGCUCCAGAUCGUUACCCCGAAGACCGGACAGAAGCGAUACCUCUUCGAGUGCAGAAUACGCCAGUACAGAUAGCGCACCCCAUAGUCCAACGAGUUUCUCAAAUAUUUUUUCAGAAAAAAUUGGUCUACUUUCAAGACUGUUUCGACGCAGCUCGAGAAGAAAGGGUAGUCCGUUGAUGGGAACUUUCAGCGCGCAGUACCCACCGACGGAAUGGUUCAACCCGAGAGUUGUUCAUCUCCACAGCGUUGCUACGCAAACCAGAGCAGCUAGUCCUUCGAUGCUGGAGGGCUUGGACCAAUCCCAGGCAAGUUUUCAAGUCUGGGAUGAUUCGAGCUCAGCUCGUUCGGCAACGCUCCCCAGACGCCAUCGUCGUCAAGCGAGUGGCGACUCAUCGAGUUUGCUGGCUAAUUCAACACCGAGAAGUUCACGGCGUCAUCGAUCACCCUGCUCGACUUUACCUCGAUCGAAGUGCUCCAGUUUGAGCCGAUGCACGUCCAGGGCGUCGGUGCUACCGCAGAGUACUACCCAAGAUAUUUAUCAAAACCGUAGCCAAGGACCAACAGGAAAACAUUCGGCGAAUUCAUCGCCCAGUAGAAGCGGAGGAAGUUCUGGUUCCGUCAGAGCUUCGAACGGGAGCCCCGGAAAAACCGGGACUCUCAGUCGGUCCGGAACUCGGCAUAGCUCGCGAAGACCCAGCCAUGAUUCUACCGGAAGUGGCACGAAAUCGUCGAACAGCUCGCCGCAACAUAAGAUUCUCCAGAAAACGUCUUCUGGUCACUCGACGCACUCGAGCGGGAAAUCGACCUCGAGUGGAAAGCUUUCGUCAUCGCCCCUGAAAAGUUCCACGCUUCCGGUCAAGUCCUCGCCCCUGAAAAUCAUCCAGCAGGGAGCGUUGACGCCUUUGCAGGAGGCACAAAAUUCGAUAACUCUUCAAGUAUCAACGAAUCUGAGCCCGACUAGUCCACCACAGGAGAGGGUUCAGAGCAGCGUAACGUUGGCAUCCAAUGCUACCACGACCACAACGAUAUCUGGUGCACCUGGCACAAAAAUUUAUGUGCAUCAGAAUAACUCGCCGAUGAGAUCGGUCAUCACCUUUGAAAAUGGUUUGAACAAGAAUAACGCCGAGAAGGGAGCGACUUCGGGUAAAGAAAAGCAAGAGAAGGAACUCGUAAGCGAGAAAUAUUACAAGCCUGGUACUAUAGGUAAAAUGGAGGACGAGAAACUGUAUAAAUCGAAGAUCGACGAAGAGAAACAGCAGUUCAAAACGAUGAAGGUGGACGAGCAGCGGUACAAGCCGAUGAAACUCGAAAGACCAACGUCUUUGUACGGUGGAAAAGAAGUCAGAUUACAGGCGUCCGAGUCUGACAAAGAGAACAAGCCAAAGGUGGAUGAGGAUUCACCGAAUAAACUUAAGCUUACCAAUCAUCUAAACAACAGUCAGGUACACCUGAUUGAUGGUUCAUCUCACAUAGAAAAAAUCUCACUCGUUCACCCAAACGAAAAUCCGCCCUCCACAAUACCGACUUCUAAAAACACGAACGAUGCAAUGAAUAAUUCGAGGAAAUUGAGUCUUUCUUUAUCAAAAGAUGCUCUCAGUUACAGGAACCUCCUGCGACCGGGAUCGAAGAGUAAUUUAGCUUCGAAUCCACCGUCGCCCACGAAAUCCUUCGACGGAUUCGGGGGCUCGUUCAACAACGUUUACAUAGAAAAUUUAGAGUCUUCCAAACAGCGCGUACCUCAGGGUUCAGAACCCAAUCUAAAGAAAUCUCCGAGUCGAGGAGAUCUCUAUCCGUAUCCGAGCUUGAGCGAUUUGCAAGUACAGUUUACCAGUCUAGCUGCCCAAAAAAUUUUGAAAGGUUGUUCGAUUAACAGCGUAGAUACCUUGGUGGAAGUGAACAUGGCGGCUGCAGAAAAACCGAAUAAUUGCGAUGUUCCAAUUCAUACGGAUUUUGGUUUGGUCUGAAUUUUGAUAUAAUUUAUCUUGCCCGUUAAACUGGAAUGGCGCUUCGGGUGAAAAUUUUGUAUAUAUUUCAUUAUUUUUUUUUUUUUUUUUGUAAUAUUUCUUUGAAUCCGAUGAGUAUAAGUUAGCAAUACGUACGGUAUCGUUAGCGGCGAUGCAGUUCGAACACUAUAACUAAACAAUCAAAGUUCGAGCUAUGAUGUUGAUCGAAUCGAUUAACGAAUGAAAAAUGCAACUAGUUAUACAUAUACAUAUAUACACAAAUACCCCGUUGUAUGAUAACUACUCAAUACUAUGUUACUCACUAAUUCUAUUAGUACAGAAAUAGUCAAUACAAUCCAGAUAAACUAGACUUGAUAAUCAAGUGUUGAAAUUCAGGAAAAAGUCGAUAGCCAGCCAUUCCAACGUUUACUUAUUGUUAGUCCAAUUCUAGUUGCCUGUGACAUAUCUAGUGUUUGAUUAGACCAGAAAAACCCCAUUUUAUUGAAUGUGUAUUAUAAAAAAAAAAAAAGCAUAUAGACAUUCAUCAGAGCCAGCAUAUAUAAUUAUUCAUACGCUCGUGGAGGGCGGAAACCAUACCCCAUCAAUCGUCAUCCAUUAUAAUUUAGUAAAUCUUAGUUUUAAUUAGUUUCAUAAUUAAAGUAAUCGUAUCUUAUUUCACACCGAGGUAUUUCGUCAGUCCUGCGUACCUUUUUUUUUUUUUCUAUUUCUUCGGAACUCUUCGCUAUACACUCAAACGCACGGAAUUCCUUUUUCAAAGUUCCAUCUGCCCACGCAGCUUUGCACCGCUUUCCCGGAGAAAGUGGUCUGUCAAAGCGAUGUCACGAUCAGCAGACUAUUACGAUGUAAGUUGAAACGCACAAUUAUGUAUAGAAAAAAAAAAAAAAAAAAAUAACUUUCAGCCUUUCCGAGCACAAAAAAUUUCCCCGUCCGUGUUCAACCUAUUCAUCAGAGUUUUUGGAAAUACUAUAAUAUCAGUGUAAGUGCAAUCGAAAAUUCGAUCUAACAAUAUCGAGUGCCAAAACUAUUCUUUCAUAGGUAUUUACAUAUGUUAAUCGUCAUUAGGCCUGUCCGUACACCAAAGUAUUAUUAAACGCAACAUGAUGCAUGAGCUUAUCCGGUGUUUGACAAGUCGGAACUUAAAAUUAAUCUGAAUAAUAUGAAAUUCCGACGCGGUGACUAGGCGAAAAUUUUGCCACCCUAUAUAUAAUUAUACGGGAAUGGAGCCCGAUGAUUAUUCUAUAAUGAAAUUUAGUUAUAUCAAUUAUAUAUAGACGUUCGUGAGAUGUUGGCUUUAUACGCGUGAGUGUGUAGGUACGAUUUUGUAAAUUUUUCAAUACAGUAAUCAAUUUUUCUAGCGGAGCAGCGACGAGAGAAAAAAUCAAUCUCGAAUUGAAAAAAAAAGAAAUGCAAUUAACAAGCCACAUCUCGUACACAUAUGAAUAUAUAUAUAUUUUUUUCUUCUAUCAAAACUAACUUGUAGAGUACUUGUAUUGUAUAAUCUUAAUCAAUUAUUAAUAAUAUAACAACGAAAGUACAUAAUAAAAUGAAAAAUAUAUACAUUA